UUCUGAAGUAUAAAGUCUGGACACAUCACCUCUUGCCUCACUAAAUUCUGACUCAACAGACCAGAAAGCAACAUGUGUUCAGAACAGGAGUGCAGGGUUUGUUACCGGACAUACAACGCGGGUCGUCGGUGUCCCCGGGAACUCCACUGCAAACACAGCUUCUGCGAGUCCUGCCUCCUGGCCCUUUCACGACCCCAAGGACCCAUCGUCUGUCCGCUGUGUCGCCAAACCACCUCCGUCUCCGGGACGCUGAGAUCCGAGCUGAGAGUGGACGAGAGCGUCAUGGAGCGGCUCAUAUCCUCGGGAGUCCUAGACCAGGAGGAAGAGCACGAUAACCCGGAGGAAGACGACUGUCCUGGUUGUUACGACACCGAGGAGUUCCCCGAGACUCAAGCCGAGGAGAGCGACGCCUCCCCCGGCUCCAGAGGCAGGGUGCUCCGGCGGUCGUUUAGGAAAGUUUGGCGGUUGUUCAUUGGGAAAAGCUCACCGCGGAGGGGCGGAGAAAACUGUAUGACCAAUGACGAGUUGAGGAACAUCGCCAUGAUGCCCGGCUUCAUGUUUUAAGGAGUCCACAGCUUCAGUUACCCUGGACUUUGUGAUACUAUAUUUAUUUUCAAUGGUUCUCAUUCGCAACAUGGACUUGAUGAUGAUGAUGAAACCUUACUGGCCACGCAAACACAGCCAACAAUAAUUUAAGUCAGCUGUUCAGAUUCCUGAUUGCUACUUUAAAUGAUGAGCACUAUGAAGCUGUUGAAUUUAAGGCCUAUUUAUGCACUUAUGUGUUUAGUAUUAAUAUUUUUGAUAAAUGUAUUUAAUUAAAUAUUGUUACAUAUUUAUUGUAAAAUAAAAACAUGUUGUUUCAA